GUGGCGCUUCGAAUGCUCUCAAAAAUGCUUAUUUUAUUUAUAUAUAUUAGAUUUUUUUUAAUUUGUUAUUCAAUUUGAGCGAAUUCGGAAAAAUAAAAUUAAAAAACAAAAAGAAAAAUGGCGAGAUCAUUGCAUAAUUUGCUCACUAUAAUGCUCGCCAAUCAUCCCACAAUUGCAGAAAAAUCGUAUCCUGCAAAGAAAAACCCACUUCAUCUUCAUCAUCAACUUCGAUUUCCAGCUUCAUUCAAUCGUCACUUCUCAAGAACUCCAACUAUGUCGCUUAACUCAGUUAAUCAGCCACAAAAGAUGGUUGUAGUUAACGAUCAAAGCGAAAAGCUGGUUGGGCUGUUACAUGAUACAGGAUCCAAAGAUGUUGUGGUAGUCUGUCACGGGUUCAAAAGUUCUAAGGAGCAAGAAACAAUGGUUGAUAUCUGUGGUGCAUUGGAGAAGGAAGGGAUAAGUGCCUAUCGGUUUGACUUUUCUGGAAAUGGAGAUAGUGAUGGUGCAUUUGCGUAUGGAAACUACGUGAAAGAGGCUGAAGAUAUACGUGCUGUUGUCAAGCAUUUCCAUGGGGCAAACCGUAUUGUGAGUGCAAUUCUAGGCCAUAGUAAAGGAGGUAAUGUUGUCUUACUUUAUGCUUCGAAGUAUCAUGAUGUCCGCACAGUUGUCAAUCUGUCUGGGCGUUAUGACUUAAAGAAAGGCAUAGCAGAGCGUUUGGGUGAAGAUUUCAUGGAAAGAAUCGAGAAGAAGGGAUUCAUAGAUGUGGAGUGUAAAAAAACAGGAAAGUUCUUAUUUCGUGUGACCAAGGAAAAUACGAUGGAUCGCUUGAAUACGGAUAUGCAGGAAGCAGCCCUUAGGAUUGACAAAAAUUGCAGGGUGUUGACUGUUCAUGGUUCUGCUGAUAAAACUACCCCAGUUGAGGAUGCAUAUGAAUUCUCUAAGAUAAUACCAAACCACAAAUUGCACAUUAUUGAAGGAGCAAAUCAUCCUUUCUCUGAGCACCAAGAUGAACUAAUCCCAGUGAUUGCCGACUUCAUAAAGUCGUGCAUACAGCAAGACAAAGAAAUCUCUGGCUAGGUAUGUUGUGCUUAAUACUAUCACUCAAAUGGUUUGCAAUUUUUUGUUUGUGUGAGUCACGAGCCCUGCAAUGGUUUCCUUACUUGGGUUUAUGCACAGUUCUUUGACAGGUUUACAUCAGCUGACCCUGACUGUUUAUUCUUACAGAAUUCCUGUAUCAGGGUGUUUUAAUUUAUGAAAUUAGCGAAAGAUCUUUUUGUUUAGAGCUAUCAUUUUGAUAUUGACGUUACUUGCUCAAUGUUAUAUAUAUUAACCUGAAUGACUAAAUUGUUAUGUUCUUGAUAUUCAAGCUACUUGCUCAAUGUUAUAUAUAUUAACCUGAAUGACUAAUUGUUAUGUUCUUGAUAUUCACACUAUGUGCUCAAUGUGAUGUAUUCACCUGACAGUUCUUAAGUUCUUUAUGGUUUACUUUGGUUACCAAAAUCAACGAUAGCACAUAACAACCCUCUAGGCUUUAGUAUGGGAUCUUAAGCAAGUUACAGAUUAUAAAAGGAAAAUUUAACAAGAAUAAUCCAACCUUUGCUCUGUUCUCCCAAAAUAAUCCAACCUUUCAAUAAACCUUGAAUAAUCCUAAGUUUACUAUUAUUUUCUUAUACCAAGCCUAUUUAACUGGUUACCUGAAGUUCAGAUAAAUUUUAUUUUUUUCCUUAACUUUUUCCCUCCUUCCUUCUCCCCUCUUCACUCUCCAUUUCAAGCUUCUAGCCAUUAACAAUGGCUCCCUUACCUCGCUGAACCUUCCCGCCACCACCUCACCUCACCGUCAACCUAACCUACCCUAUUCCCCGUCAACCAAGCCGUCCCACUACUCCCUCCUCUCCCUGUCAACCAGCCAGCCACGUGCCACCCUCUUGCAAUCACUCGCAACUUAGCCGCCACCACCACCACCUCCGCCACCACUUAACCCACUUACCCAAACCCAGACCCGAAACCCUUCCCGCACUCCUACCUAGACUCGAAACCACUAACCUGACCUAGCCGAAACCACCAACCUACCCCCACCCCCACCCAUACCUCAAAACCCCAACCCCCACCAUAUUCCUUCUCUUCUCUCAAUUGAAUUUGAAGUUGAAUUGGGGUGGUCGUUGGGCGUUGAUGUGGUGGCCUGGUGGAUACGGUGUUGUUUUUGGUUGUGUUGUGGGUGGUGUUGAUAUUGUGGGUGUUGUUUUCGGUUGUGUUGGUAGUGGUGGUGGUGGUGGUUCUCCCGUGGAUGGUGUGUUGAGUGGUUUGAUGGGUGAUAAAUUGAUAUUGGAGGAAGGUAGAGGAGCAGAAAGGGGGAAGGAGUUCAAAGAAUUUUUUUUUUUUCAUAUUUUUUUUUAAUUUAAUAUAUUAUUUUUAAUUAAAAAUAAAAAAUUGACCAAUUAGGAAGUGCCACAUGAAUGGGUAACCGAUUGAAAGGGUAAGGUGACUUGCUAGGGUUGGUGGGAGAAAAUAAAUAGCAAACUUAGGAUUAUUUAGGGUUAAUGAGAAGGUUGGAUUAUUUUGGGAGAAUGAGGCAAAGGUUGGAUUAUUCUUGUUAAAUUUUCCAUUAUUAAAUGGUCCUUCAUAAUUAUCUUAACCUUUUGGAAACUCAAUAGCUUUGUGGCUAAAAAGAUGAUGCUUUCCUUUGUGUGCUAUUCUAUUCCAAUUGUUGGUCUAUUUUGAAGUACGAAGUAACAAGAUCAACUACAACUUGAUGCUGCACCUCCAUUGCCCGUCAACAAGUAAUCAGGAAAGCAGCCAGCACAGCUCAAAGACAAACUGCAAGCAUUUGCAGUCAGCAAGUUACCGCUCAAUAGAAGCUUCAUGAUCAAACUCCUGAAUAUACAGAAGUUAGUUACAAUUAUGUUAAAACAGAAUCUUGUAUUAAUAUCAAUUCUUUGUAAUAACUUCAUUCUGAUUCGUUCCGAGUUUAAAGGCUUAAUGAUGAUUAGUUAGAAUACAUCAUCAUCCUGUUGUAUAUUAAGUAAAUAGUAUUGGAGCUGUAAUCUUCUCACUCAGUCAUAACAAUAAAAUUCCUCUUACAUCUUGA